AAGUGUCAUCGGGGCAUCCUCGAUCGCAAGUCAUGGAACGGCCCGGUACUCGAGGGAGCGCUCCCGUCGUUUGCCAGUUUCGCCGCAGGACGUGGGAGCUGCGGCCCGUCGAGUCUCGCCGGAUGGGAUGGCGGUGGUCGCCGCGGCAACAGCGGUCUUCUCCCGGCGCCGCCCGCUCCGGUCCCAGGACGACGAGGAGGCACCGAUGCCGCAGCGCGGGCGACCCGCGGCUCCGUCAUCGGCCGGGGCCGGCGGGAGCGGGAAGGCGACACCCGGACGACGACGCGGCGCCAUGAAUAUUUCAUCCCGCCGAAAGACGAGCGCGUCCGGCAGAGCCGCCGCCCGUGACGCCACCGAGAUGUUGUCGACGGCGACGAUGGAGGCUCAGUAGGGGCCCGCCGCUCUCGUUUCCCGGUCGGCGGCCCGGUUCCUCUCCCGCCGGGAUGACGGUGGCGUCGGCCGACAACGCGGACGAGAGCGCCGCCUCGCCCGGCCGCCCGCAGGUGGACGAGCGCGACGGGCACGAGUGCCGCGAGCGCGUGGUCAUCAACGUGUCGGGGCUGCGCUUCGAGACGCGGCUGAAGACCUUGGCGCGCUUCCCGGACACGCUGCUGGGGAACCCCGAGAAGAGGAUGCGCUACUUCGACCCGCUACGCAACGAGUACUUCUUGGACCGCAACCGGCCCAGCUUCGACGCCAUCCUCUACUACUACCAGUCGGGCGGGCGGCUGCGGCGGCCCGUCAACGUUCCGCUGGACAUGUUCUCGGAGGAGAUCAAGUUUUACCAGCUGGGCGCCGAGGCCACGGAGAAGUUUCGCGAGGACGAGGGCUUCAUCCGCGAGGAGGAGCGGCCCCUGCCCGACGAGGAAUUCCGCCGGCAGGUCUGGCUGCUCUUCGAGCACCCGGAGAGCUCGGGCCCGGCGCGGGGCAUCGCCAUCGUGUCCGUCACGGUCAUCCUCAUCUCCAUCGUCAUCUUCUGCCUGGAGACGCUGCCCGAGCUGAAGGAGGACGCCGGCGGACGGCGGAGGGCGGCGGCGGCCGUGGCCAACAACGGCACGGCGGCCCGCCGCGGCGACAUCCUCUCCGACCCUUUCUUCAUGGUGGAGACCCUGUGCAUCAUCUGGUUCUCCUUCGAGCUCCUGGUGCGCUUCUUCGCCUGCCCCAGCAAGACGGCCUUCUUCCGCAACAUGAUGAACUCCAUCGACGUGGUGGCCAUCAUCCCCUACUUCAUCACGCUGGGCACCGAGCUGGCUGAGGACCCUGACGCCGAGGCGGUGGGCGAGCAGGCCACCUCGCUGGCCAUCCUGCGCGUCAUCCGGCUGGUGCGCGUCUUCCGCAUCUUCAAGCUGUCGCGCCACUCCAAGGGCCUGCAGAUCCUGGGCCAGACGCUCAAGGCCAGCAUGCGCGAGCUGGGCCUGCUCAUCUUCUUCCUCUUCAUCGGCGUCAUCCUCUUCUCCAGCGCCGUCUACUUCGCCGAGGCCGAGGAGAAGGAGUCCUACUUCACCAGCAUCCCCGACGCCUUCUGGUGGGCGGUGGUCUCCAUGACCACGGUGGGCUACGGCGACAUGUACCCCGUCACCGUGGGCGGCAAGAUCGUGGGCUCGCUCUGCGCCAUCGCCGGCGUGCUGACCAUCGCGCUGCCCGUGCCCGUCAUCGUCUCCAACUUCAACUACUUCUACCACCGCGAGACGGACGGCGAGGAGCAAGCGCAGCUGCUGCGGCUCAGCCGGCGCAACUCGCCUGCCGAGCGGGACGACGCCUCCUCGCCGCUCGGCGAGUCCUCCGACAACAGCAUUGACGACUUGCGCGAGGCCGCCCUGCGGACCGCCAACUGCGUCCGCGCCAAGAUGCUGACCGACGUGUGAGACUCCACCUGGCCCCGCCGCUUCCCCAAAAAGGCGCUGGGCUCAGCGCCGGGCAAACUUUUGUCCCUCUCAAAAAGAAAAAAAGUCUUGAGUUUUGUACUUUAUUUUGCAUCGGUCCAUUGAGAAGAAUAAAAAAAAAUAGAUCCACAUUUAUUUCGAGCUCAAAUAAAAAUGUCAAAGUCAUUGUCGCGUUGAGUCGCGUCGCGUAGACGUCAAUUCGUGCCGGCUGAACUUCUUCCCGUCACGUCGACUCGUUUCUUGGGCUGAAGCAAAGCCAUCGUGACAAGGCGUCCUCGUCAUACGGCCUUUGCCCGCCAUUGUUUCGUGAGCGCGAGCACUCGACGAGAGAGACGGACGGCUCGAGCUCGGCGAGGACGCGUAGCCGUUGCGAGACCCGCAUUCGGCGACGGUCGCGCACGUCUUCGUCUCUCACGUCCAACCCGGAAGCGAAGAAAGAUUUCGGGGACGUCCUCUGAGCGCGAGCGGCAGUAACCAUGGCAACAAGCGCCCCACGCAGUGGCGGCCAUUUCCCACUCGCUAUUUUCUUCGUCGACGAUUUUCACUCGGUCGUGUCUCGUGGCGUCCACUGAACAAGUGUCCGUCGAGUGAAUGCUGCCCUCGCGUGGACGUUUGAGCGAGCGCAGCCUGCCUCUGGCUCGCGAUUCAAACCUCGGCUCGGUCCCUCUGUCAAGUUGCAAUCGAGCAACCGCUCUUUCUCUUGAGCCGCCUUGAAAUGGAUUUAACCUCUCCUCGGUAGCACUGUCUGGAUCUCAUUCAAAUAUUUUAUCAAUGAAAAACAAUUGAAAUAGUGGACAGUAAGCUCGCUGCCUAUUGUAAUUGCCCACCCCAAAAAAAUCAAUUCACGAAUAUG